AAAAAUUCAAGCAAGUAGAAAACGGAAUAAUAAUUAUCCAUAACUGUGGAUGAACUGGCCGUUAGAUGAACUGCAGUCUUUGUCCUUUGAGUGUGGCAGGUGGCUUCUUGAUGGCUCACACCGUUCCCCUCUCUCACCUCCUGCAGGGGGCAGUGUCCAGCUCUCUCACCUGUCUGCAGACGGCGGAGGGAGUGGCAGCUCUGCUGAUGGAGAGAGGCGGUCUGGAGGAAGGAGAUAAUGUCGCUCUGGUGUACCCGCCAGGUAUAGACCUGAUCGCAGCCCUUUACGGCUGCCUGUACGCCGGCUGCGUUCCCAUCACAGUGCGACCGCCUCACCCUCAGAACAUCUCCACCACCCUGCCCACUGUUAAGAUGAUUGUCGAGGUGAGUCACUCGGCGUGUGUGAUGACCACCGCCGUCAUCUGUAAGCUGCUGCGCUCCAAAGAGGCCAUGGCCACGGUGGACAUCAGUCCUGGACACCGGUACAGCGUUUCAUUCAUAUCCGCACAGGGAAAUCACGCUCGCAUUAGGCUGUCUGUGUGCAGAAACAACAUCACAUCAGAGGGUCUGCUGUUGUUGGCUCGGGCUGUGAAAUCCAGCUCGACUCUGACUCACAUCUACAUCUGGGGAAACCACCUGGAGGAGCCCGUAUGCCAGAUGGAGGAUCACUAACAGGAGCGUGGGAAGACUCCAGAAUCCACUCUGGCUGGAAUCCGGUGGAUACAGCUGUGUUACAGAACAGUUCGCCACAGUCGCUGUCCACAUGGGUCAGUGGGACCAAGCAGCACUCUGCUAAUGUGUGGACUCUGACCAGCAACAUCCAGCAAGACCCAGACAGCGUUUUCUAUCUCCCAGCUGGAGUUUUUUGUUGUCUGUGACUGGAGAGUCAGAUUUUUGUUGAAGCUGGAGGAACAGAGAGGUUAAUACACGCUACUGAUCCCUGAUGGGAGAAUCAUCACCUCUGCCAACAAAGAAGCCUGGUGGAUGUUUGUUUGCAGUCUGAUGAUGGGACAUCAUGCUCUGCAUCUUCAAAUCUUUUUGCAGGAUCAGAAAACAAAACCAGGAUGACCAUAAAUGUUUCUUCUCCAAUUGGAUGAUGAUAAGACUGUGACACGGGAUGCCACCUUUAGUCUUGUGAUGAAGCAAAGCUCAGGAAGAAGUGUGAUUAAAUGGUACCCACAUGUGUGCUGCUGAGAAGGAUGUACAGGGGCACCUGCAGCCAAAUCCAAGCCGCCUCAGUGUCAAAUGUCCAACAGCUGGAGAGGAAACUACACCAGUGUACUGGGAUGUUUCACCAACACGUGCCAGACGCUGUUCCUUCAUGGUGACAUCACCAGAGACGGCCCCGCCCACCUCAGGACCUCGCCAUUGAUCAUGAUGAUUUUAAUGAUGACAGCGAGCGGAACUAAGACUGUAAAAAUCAGAAUGUUUAGAUGCUUUCUAAUUAUUAAUGAAUACUGAGAGCCUCUUUCUGUGUUUUGUCUGUUUGGGUUUUUUUACCUCAUUUGUUACUAACAAAGUUCACCAAACUCACACAGUUUACAUUCUGUAUGUUUCCAUCUUUACCAGCCACAGUCUACCCGCAAUUAAGAAAAUAAUCCUUAGAAAUUGUCGUUUUUCUCUUUUGUAAUUUGUAAUUCAGUGAAUAUACUGCGCUGCUUCCUUUAAUUGCGUCUCACAUUGCUUUAAGUUUUUCCAGUGUCCAGUUAUUUUUUACUGUUGUUUGAAUUCUCUGUAUGUUUGACCCUGUAGACUGUUUGAUGGACUGCUUGUCUUCCUGUUUGUAACCGACGCCUGUUUUGACUAAAGAUUUGGA